AUGACUCUCGAAAGCGACGCGGUGGCCGGGGCGACCAUUGAGCUGCUCGAAGCCCGUUUGCGCCGCCUCACCUAUCUCCUCACCGGCGCCACCGACUGGAAAGGAGUUCCGUCCACCCCCGACAAGCCGGCCACCCUCGACGAAACAGUCUCGCGCCGACUCUCCCGUCUUGAGCGGGAACUGGGGAAGCUCAGCCGAGCAGUACCUGCGGUGCGGGAUGUGAUUCAGCUCCACGACCAAUUCCCCGACCUUUUCCAACCUCAGUCCGCUCAUGACAUCCCUGAAGGCCUAACGUCUCGAACCCUCGCCUCCAUCGUACUCUCCUACGCUACUACCUUCCCCGAGACGGCCUCGCGCCUGACUUCCCUCAAUGACCUGCCCGUCCCGGAGGCCGAGUCCUCCGCCGCGCUGAUCGCCCUGCAGCCCCAGCUGGACCGGCUGGCGCAGACACAGACCGAACAGGCCGCGAUCAUCUCCGAGCUGCGUAUCCGCACGGCACGUGUGCUGCAGCGCUGGUAUGAAGUCGGUCUUGUGGGCAGCGGCGAGUGCUGGGCGGAGUGGGAGGGCAGACUAGAGGACGUGGAGCGCGAGGUCCGUCGCAGAGAGGUGAUCAAGGAACGAAGGGAGAAUGAGAUCUAG